AUGGCCACCGCACGCUCGCCCGCGCACCUGCGCUCCCUGUACCGCUCCCUCCUCCGCGAGCUGCCCCCGCGGCCCAUCCUCAAGGCCCCCCGCUCGCCGCUGCACGCCCACCUGCGCGGCACCUUUGCUGCCGCCCCGUCGUCGACACCGGCGGCAGCAUCCCAAUCGUCACCGUCGCCGCCGCAGCAGCAGCAGCACCAUGCCCACGCCGAGGCCGAGCAAAUCGUCGCGUACCUGCGCUCCCAGCGCCAGUACGUGGCCCUCAUCGAGCGCUACAACCCGGGCAUGGACAUGGACGAGGAGGAGCGCGUGCGCCUCACCGCCCGCCGCGUUGGCAUGGACCUGCCCGUCGGGUACGCAGGCGAGAAAUGA